AUGGAUGAAGCCCCAAUGGCCAAGCGACAAACAAUAGAAACAAUCGAUAGGGGAUUUAGAGACAUAAUGGACAUCGAUAAGCCAUUUAGUGGAAAAGUCAUGGUUUUUGGAGGUGAUUUUCGUCAGAUGUUACCAGUAGUUCCAAAAUCAACUAGAGCAAAAAUUGUAAAUGCAAGCUUGGUGAAAUCAUAUAUCUGGCCUUUGAUGGAGAAGAUUCAAUUUAUGAGAAAUAUGAGAACAAAAAUGGAUCCAACAUUCAUUGAGUUCUUACUUCGUGUGGGUAACAAAGAUGAACCAACGAUAAGAGACAGUUUAAUCCUUCUUCCAGAACAAUUAAUUGUCAAGCAUUGUAGGGAUGGAAUUCCAGAAGAAUCUAUUAUAAAAGAGAUAUUUCCAAACCUACAAAAAAAUGCUACUAGGGCAAAAUAUGUCACCGAACGAGCUAUCUUAGCAAGCAGAAAUGACCAUGUGGAUCAUCUUAUUUACUAG